AUGCUGAUUCUGCCAACGCUCGAGGCUUUCACCGUGCGGGCCAUGGUCCCCGGCGUGCUCGAGACGCCGGUUGCCUUGACGCUGCGCCCGGACUGGACCGUCGCGCUGGCCGUCGAGGCCCUCGAGAUGCAGCUGCUGGCGACGCGCGGCCUCGCGAUGCGCGUCGUCUUCGUCUUCAACGACACGCGGGCGCCCGAGCACAUGAUUCCGUUCCACGAGACCGUCGGCGACCUCUUCGGCGCCGAUGACGGCUUCUACGCCUUUGGCGAGGUGUACACGCCGUCGACCACGCGCAGCGUUGCGCCGGACGAGACCUCGGCCAAGGCCAAGGUGCCGGUCGUCAUCAUGACCGGAUUCCUUGGCGCGGGCAAGACGUCGCUCCUCAACAACCUCCUCUUCCAGCAGCGCACGCUCAAGAUCGCGGUCAUCGAGAACGAGUUUGGCGAAGUCGCGAUCGACAACGACCUCCUCGCGUCGCACGCGCUCUCGGUCGCCGACCAGCUCAUCGUGCUCGAGAACGGCUGCAUGUGCUGCACCGUGCGCGGCGACAUCCUCGGCGCGUUCGCCUCGAUCCGCGACAAAGUCGUCAACGAGAAUGCGCACUUGGACAUGGUGCUCAUCGAGACGACGGGCAUGGCCGACCCGCUCCCGAUCGUGCGCACGAUCACCAACACGCCAGCGAUCACCGAUGCAUUUGGCAUGAAGGGCAUCGUGACGGUCGUUGAUGCGUGCAACAUUGGCCAGCUCCUCGAGGAAGAGAACCCGGAAGCGCUCUCGCAGAUCCUCCUCGCCGACCUCAUUGUCGUCUCGAAAACAGACCUCGUGCACACGCGCGCCGAGCUCCUCUCACUCUUUGAGACGCUGCGCGAGAUGAACCCAAGCGCGCGCAUCCGGCCGUGCGUCCGCGGCAACAUGCCGUUCGAUGUGUUUUACCAGCUCACGUCGUUCGACUUGCAGAAAAUGGCCAUCGACGAAAGCAACGAGAUGGACGACGCGCACGACCACGACCACUGCGACCAUGAUCACUGCGACCACGACCAUGACCACGACCAUGACCAUGACCAUGCACCCGCGCCCAAGAAGUCGCGCCACGGUGCCAAGACGUCGUCGUUUGCGAUCGUUUUGGACGACCACGCCGUCGACAUGUUUCUCUUUGCCCAGUGGAUGCGGCGGCUGGUCUUGCCGGCCAAAGACGGAGACGCGGCCAAGCAGCGAUUGUACCGUUGCAAGGCCAUUUUGUCGGUCGACGGCGUCGAGAAGAAGCUCGUCUUUCACGCAGUCGGCGACGUCGUCGAGCGCGAGUGGCUGCCUGUUCCCAAGGCGCACGGGUGCAAGGUGGUCUUUAUUGGCCGGCACCUCAUGGAAGAGAGCCUUCGCGCGCAGUUUAUGGCGAUCGUCUACAAGCCGUCGCGCCGUCGUGGGCCGGUGGCAGUGGCCACUCGAGGCUUGGAAGGUCUCUCGGUGCCGCUGCUUCGCCGACUCGGGCGCUUCUUGACCUCGGACGACGUGCUCCGCGUCGCACAGACAAGCCGCGCGCUGCAUGCGGCGUGGUCGCACACGGGCCAGCCGUACGGCGGCGAGAGCUCGCUGACAGCGUUCCAGGACCUCAAGCGCAUGUACGUGCAUCCAUUCGUACCGGUCCCGGCGCUUCCGUCGUUUCUGCGGGCGUGGAAGCAGGCGGCCGUCGACGUUGUGGGCAUGUCGACGGUCAAGUACCGGUCGCCGGCGCACGUGGACGCGGCGGCGGUCGCGUACCUCGAGCUCGCGCGCCUCGCGGAAGCGUCGAGCCGCAACUUUCUCAUGGACUUUACGUGGCGCGAAGAGACGUUAAACACGUUUUUUGCGACGCCGACCGCGACGACGAGCUCGACGCUGAUUAAAACCGAGUACGAGUACGAAGACGAAGACGAGUUUGACCCGAUCUGUGACGUGAUCCGCUUCCGCCUCUUUCUCGUGCCGGAUGCGACCGGCCACCGCCUCGAGAUCCAGAUCGUGGGUGGGAAGACGUCGUCGCAGAUCUACCAAGUGUCGUUCCACUCGAUCCACCCGACGUUCCAGGUCCACGUUGCGAUUCCCGACCACCGCAUGCCCCGGGUCGCGACGAAGGAGGUCUUUUACCCCGGCCACCCGUUCUUGCACGCGCUCAAGACGGAGCGAUCGCUGCGCUUCAUCGUACGCAUCAAGCCCGACGGCAGCGGGCCCCUCGGCGAAAUGUGCGGCUGCUGUUAG